UCAUUCGAUAUUUGAAUUUUGUAAUCUCCCUUCAUUUUAGUAUUAAUAAUUCUUUCUAGUAUGCUUCAAGGCGUGAGAGGCAUAACAGAGAGAGAGAGAGGUGGCGUUGAUUUGGUCUCUGCGCGCAGUUGCAGUGAUUUUUCCGUGAAGGAUCGAGCCUACAGAUUUUCGUUUCUCCACUUCUUGAUUUCGAAGCUCUUGGUGGUUGCCGUUAUUGACUGCAUCUGGCUUCAGGUGUUGAAAUUGGGUUCGGGGGGCGGAGCUUCGAGCAUGAGAAUCGUGUUGCGCAGCUCAAUCGCUUCCUUUUCUUCUUCUUCUUCUUCUCAAGUUGCUACUUCUACUCUUGGCUUUGCGUUUCGCGGCUUCUUUCCGAGCUCUAGGGUUUGGAUUCGGUCAUCUCCUCGGCAUUGCAAGCUGUUUCAGACCUUGUUGUUCUGACCUAGAUAGGUCUGGGUCUUCUCUGUUCACGUUGUUGUUGUUGGUGGUACUGGUACUGGUGCUGGUGAUUCAGCGGGGAGUAUCGUCGUUUUGGUUAAUCGUGAUUUGGCUUGCAGAUCAUGAUGUCGAGUGUGCAGGCUAGAAUCGGGAGAGAACGGCAACGGUAUAAGGAUCAUCUCAGGCUUGUUGCAGGGUGCAUUCCCUUUAAGUUUGAGAAAAUUGUUGAUGGUCACACACGCAAUCCAGAGAGUAGGUUGCUUGUCCUCAUGAUUUCUUCACCAAAUCGCCAUGACCUUGUGUUUCCUAAGGGUGGAUGGGAGAAUGAUGAGACUGUUGAACAAGCUGCAUGUCGUGAAGCAUUGGAGGAAGCAGGAGUGAGAGGAAUACUUGGUGAAAAUCAUCUAGGAGAAUGGGAAUUUAGAAGCAAGAGCAAACAGAAUAACUGCAGCCUGGAAGGAGGUUGCAGAGGUUACAUGUUUGCACUGCAGGUGACUGAAGAGCUUGAGUCCUGGCCAGAGCAGGCAUUACAUGAUAGAAAAUGGCUUACUCCCAAGGACGCGUUUAAACUCUGCCGAUAUGAUUGGAUGAGGGAGGCUCUUAAAAAUUUUUUGACCUCUCUCCCAGAGGACAAAAAGAACGAAAUGAGGGAAGAGUUGGUGGAGUUUUCUAUGAUGCCAGUUCCAGAUGCUGCAAAAGAGCGUUCAAUUUUAUCCUCUGGCCGGUUUGGGAAGACCUCAGUUAUGCAACGUCUUGAAGGGUCUUAUAAUAAAGUAACUGUGCAGGCUUGAUGCAUCCUAUAGAAUUCCACUAGAGUAAAUUAGAUACAUGCCCGUGAUCUGGACUUUGUUUGUUGAAGAGGCCUUUUUCAAUCUGUCUUGUUCUAACCAUGUAAAAUUUGUAGAAAUGACGCAACAGAAGAUUGUUUGUGUUCACCUGUAGAUAUUAGUGAUUUUUCUCUUCAUUUUGGUUGUUUGGAAUGUAAAAUUAAUGUCACCUUCUCAUUCUAGGAAAUUUAUCGUUUGACAUUCAA